AACUUCGCGACCCUGAUCCCUCGGAACAUGAACGCCAUCCUGGCGUUCAGCGACGUGUGGGAACAUAUGAGGCAAUGUCCGAUGGAAUACACCCACCACCGCCACUUCCUCGACGUUUCACCGGACCAACGCUCACUCGGCGCCGCCCUCAACGAGCCCGCCGCGGACUCGACGGACGAUACCGAGCUGGACGCCGGAAGCGACCACCACCCGCUGGACCGGCUGGUCUGGACGGGCAAGUUCGUGUUCAACCUUUCUCGACCGCCGGAGAUGCCCCC